CGCAUGCGUGUUAUACCCACACUCACAAACAGAUCUACGCGUCGAGGUGACGCCGACGGAUGCUUUGCAGCUAAACCGUCCGUAGCGGCGUGAAUUGGGACUGUGUGGAGGCGUAAAAGCUCAGCGACUCCUCAUGGACCUGGGGUGAAAAAUAAAUUGGUAAAAGAAAGAGAAAAAAAAACUAAUUGUAUACACUUUUGUAUACAACGGCAACUCCAAAUUCGCCUCGAGCAAGUGUUUGCUCGGAUCGGAAGCAUUAUAGCAUCAUGUCGCACAGAAGAAGCCGAAGUGGUUCUCCACCGUCUUACGGCACCAACAGCAAUGACCCUCGUGACCUGGAGCGAAGGAUUUUUGUCGGCAAUUUGCCCACUGCUCAUAUGGCGAAGAAGGAUAUGGAAGAGCUGUUCAGGCCAUAUGGGAAAAUACAGGCCUUGUCCCUGUUUCGUGGGUAUGGAUUUGUGCAGUUUGAAAAACCAGAAGAUGCUGAGGCAGCUAAAGCAGGACAUAACGGUCGGCUUUAUAGAGGUUAUAAACUAGAUGUAAAUAUGGCUGCAGAGAGACGACAGAAACCCAGGUCAAGUCCUCCACGCAGGCCUGCUGGUUAUGGGGAAAGCAGAGAGCCCCGACCCCGUUCUCGAUCCCCAAUGCACAGUCGAAACUCCCGCGAAAGCCGGGAUGGCAGAGACACGAGGGAACCUAGUCGAGAACCACGGUCUGGACCACCACGAGAUCACGAUGAGCGAUACAGGGGAUCAGACGCAAGGGAUAAAGACUCACGAGAUGCUCCUCACAGAAAUGAUAGUUAUGACAGAUUUUACCGUGGGGAAUAUGAACCGUACCGCAAGAAAGAGGACCCAUAUCCCGAACGUUACAGAGAGAACUGGAGUGCCAGGAGAGAACCGGAAGAGGAGCGAAUGCGGCCUGAGGAGCGCAGGAGAAACGAGCUGUACCAUCAGUACUAUGAGGAGCUGCAGAGGCGGUAUGAUGCUGAGAGACCUGUAGACUGCUCUGUCAUCGUAGUCAACAAGCAACAGAAGGAGUAUGCGGAAAUGGUGGGGCGAAAGGUCCGAGAUCAGGGCAUGGUGGUGGACCUCAUCUUUCUUAACACAGAGGUUUCCCUGACCCAGGCUCUGGAAGACGUGAGUCGAGCUCGCACACCGUUCGCCAUCAUCAUCACCCAGCAGCAUGAAGUACAUCGUUCCUGCACAGUCAACAUCCUCUUUGGCACACCACAGGAACACAGAAAUAUGCCCAUGCAGGAUGCUCUGGUAUUAGUGGCUCACAACUAUGGCACCUUUAAGAUAGAGAAUCGUACCAAAGAGCGGGAUGAGAUCUCACGAAAAGCUGCAAAAAUGGCAGAUGAGGUGUUAAUGAGAGAGCACGACCGACAAGGCCACCCAGUCUCGGUACUGACUUCUAUAACGCUGCUGUCGGAGGGCAGGUUCCUGACUCCUCAAGAGUUAUCCCUACUCAUUAACUAUCUACAGGAUAAGCGUGAUCGUCUUGUCCGAGGCAACUCGGACUCUCACCUUGGUAAGCUUGUCCUCAGUGAAUCAGUGUCCCAUCAGUCCUCUCCAGCAGUCACUCAUGAGACUCCUCAAUCCACCCAAGCUCUUGCCCCCGUUUCCCACCAGACACACCCAUCCACACACUCCAUGCAUAGCACCCACCUUCCUGCUGCCUCGUCUAACACCACCAGCCAACAGCAAGAGCUGCAGGCUAAAAUUCUUAGCCUCUUCAACAGUGGCUCAAGCUCCUCUGCGUCCCAGACCCAGGCAGCAAUGUCUCAGACUCAGGGCUAUGGAUCCACACAGGGCUCUAGCCUUUCCACCUCCAAUUUGUCCAACUUGGGAAUGUCCGCUCAUGACUCUCAGGACAUGAGUCCACACAUGGGCAUUCGGCCCCCUGCUAACAGUGUUGCAGCACCGCAGGGGCUUCAGAGAGCUGGAACUAAUAUCAACUUCGACAACCCUAGUGUACAGAAAGCCCUUGACACACUCAUCCAGAGCGGACCUGCCAUUAACCAGCUGGUCAAUUCAGCGAAUCUAACAGCCAGAUCAGGCCAGGUGGUGGGCCAAGGAAUGAGUCAAGGUUAUAGUCAGGGAAUGGGACAAGGAAUAAAUCAAGGUAUUGGACAGGGGGUGAACCAAGGUAUGGGACAGGGCAUAAACCAGGGGGUGGGACAGGGAAAGAACCAAGGUAUGGGGCAGGGGAUGAGCCAAGGUAUGGGACAGGGCAUGGGUCAAGGCUCUCACUACCAACGUCAUUUUUGAAGCACAUUCAGGCCGGCCUCUUGAAAAACACGGUUGUAUUGGAGUCUGCUUUUUAUUUCUUUAAAAAGCAGUUUUCUUAAAUUUCUAUACUUUUUGUUUCUUACAUUGUGAAUGUUUUGAUUCAUUACUUUUAUUUUUCCUUGCGACCAGAAGGAAAUUGUGAUGGAUGUAAAUCAUUCAUGAGGAAUUGACUGGUCUGAGCAGAUGAUUUGGAAUAUUUUCCUUGUGUUUUAUAUAAAGUGUCAUUUGUACAUAAUUAAUAGUGAUCCAAUAAAUGAUUGUUGACACGAAA